CCCGUGCUAUUGUAAAUCUAAAGAAAAUGGAGGAUACUAAACCCGAGGAUAUUGCAAAUGGAGAUCCAAAUGCCUCCAUUAGCGUUCCUCAUGGAGAAAGUGUAGCUUGCAGCAAGGGAGUCGAUACAAAAGAGGAAAGCGUGGCGGAGAGUUCCAUUAACGAUUCUCCAAGCGAAACCUUCCAAAAAGAUUCUACUGCACCAGAUACAAGCGAGGCUAAAGCUGGACAUACCGAAUUAGCUGCGGAGCUAAAGAAAUCGGACAUUUCGGAACCCAUCGAACAACCACGUGGAGAACAGGAAAGUACUUCUGUAGAGGCUGAGCCCGCGUGUCCACCAGUGGAAGAAAGGCAGACGGUAGUUGAUUCUACUGCUAAAGAAACUCCUGCAGCUUCUACAGAGGUAUCGAAAACGGCCAUGGAUGUAGGAGAACCUGCCGAAAGCGUUCCUACUACUGAAGCCGCAACAGUGGUCCAAGAAAUGGAAGGUGCAACAUCUGUAACUGCGUCUGAUGUACCUCCACAACCGAUAAAAGAUAGCGGCGAUGAAAAUUUGUCAAAAGAUCCUGGUAGCGAAAAUAUCGUUGUAGCUGCAGACGCUGCUACAAGCACAAUGGAAGUCGAGGAGUCGGCUGGAAACGAUGUUUCUACUAUUGCAAUUCAAGAAAAAAAUGCCUCUACAGAAACCGUAAACGAACCGGUCAAGGAAACGGAAGGCAAAACACUGGACGGUGAAAAGGUUCAUCCACCACUAGCCGGAAGUAGCAGUGAAACUGCUUCAAAUCCAGCUACUGGUGCUACCGAAACUUCAGAAGUGGCAUCAGCGAACUUGAUGGAAGUAGAAGGGCCAGCUGAAAAUGUUGCUAGCAGUGUAAGCAUUCAAGAUGAAAUCGCAGAGCAACAGCAGCUUGAAACGGAAGCAGUAAAGAAUAUCAAUAAAAACUCAUUGUCACUUUUGUGCCAAUACUCCGGAAGCUCGGAAUCCGAAUCCGAGGAUACCGAUGGAUCUAAGGCGGUGGACAACAGAAAGCAAAGUUCUCCUUCUUCCUCUUCCUCGGAUGAAAGUGAGGAUGAAGCUGCGGAUACGGGAUUAUCCAGCAGCUAUCGAAAAUGUACCGAUACGAUAUUGAUUAGCGAUGCCGAAACGAUGGAUACAAAUGCCGUUUCCUCGGAUGAUGAUGAUGAAGAUUUACAAAAUCAAGCUCCAAUCCGCACGAAAGGUGAAAUCCUUGUUGAUGAGCUACCUCCCAUCGAAGAAUUAACAAUCACCGUCCCGGAGACGGAAUGUAAGCCAAUAGGGCUCAUCGAUUCUAUUGUAGCUCAGAUCGUGCUCGUUCAGUCCAUUCCCGGAGUGGAGCUGCUAAAUCUUGAAACUGUUCUAUUUUUGGAUCGCGGUAAAAGACCACUGGGAAAAAUCUUCGACGUUAUCGGCCAGGUGAACUGCCCUAUUUACUGUGUACUGUUCAACACGAACCAGGAGGUCGUGUCGAAGAACAUAACCGUCGGCAUGCAGGUGUACUGUGCUCCCAGAACGGAGCACACCUCAUUCAUUAUACUUUCCGAAUUGAUGCGAUACAAGGGAUCAGACGCUAGUUGGAUGAACGAUAACGAACCUCCUCCUCAUAUGGUAGAAUAUUCCGAUGAUGAAGCUGAGAAAACGGCAAAACGCAAUCGCAAGAAAAAGGCGAACGCCAAUGGAGAACGCGAUGGAGAGAACAGCCAGCAAUCUCCGCAAUAUCAUCACCAGCAACAAUAUCAUCAACAGCAGCAGCACCAUCAUCAUCAGCAACAGCAACAGCAACAACAACAAUUCCAACGCCCUCAUAUGGGACCGAGGCCACAGUUUCGACGACCUCCACCUAACAAUAGAGGACAUUUUAAUCCACAACAGCGUUCCGGAUAUAGCUGGCAUCACAAUGUUAACAAUCCGCGGUAUCAAAAUCCUCAACAGCACCACCAACAACAGCAGUUCCCGCAGCAUCAACAACAGCAGUUCCCGCAGCAUCAGCAACAGCAGUUCCCGCAGCAUCAACAACAGUACCCGCAGCAUCAGCAACAAUACCCGCAGCAUCAGCAACAACACCCACAGCAUCAACAGCAGUACCCGCAGCCGCACCAGCAGCAUCAACAACAGUUCUUGCCACACCAGCAGCAGCAACAGCAUCCUCCUCAGCAGCAAAUGCAACAAUUUCCGAAUGCGCAACCCGGUACAGGUCCAGCCUAUCUUCCUAAUCCAUUUGCGAUGUUUGGUCCGCACCAGCCACCAAACCAAUAGUAAAUAUGCAAAACGAUUUUACCCAGCUAAAGACAUCGUGACAUCGGCAAAUUGAACGUUUCAACGAACAUGAUUAGUUUUAGAAAUGAAUUAAUACCAGAAUUACACAUUUUAUUCAAGCAUCAGUGUAUAGAAGCAAAGCUAAUUUUAUUCAAUAUGAAAUAAAAGUCGCUGUUCUUUUGAAUUUGA